AUGCCUUCCCUCUUGUCCACCGCAAUCACCGUCCUCGCUGCUUCUCAGGGAGUCCUGGCAGCCUGCACCAACCCUUCCGUCCGCAAAUCUUGGUCGGCCCUGACUGACGAUGAAAAGACAUCGUACAUUAGCGCGACCCUCUGCUUGAUGGACCCUGCUCAAGCUCCCGCCAAGACGGGCUACGCUGGCUCCACUACUCGCUGGGAGGAACUCCAGGCUGCCCACGUCUCUCAGGCUCAGUUCGUCCACUCUGUUGGCGCUUUCUUCCCUUGGCACCGUUGGUACAUGACCGUCCAGGAGAAUCUCCUUCGCGAUGACUGCGGAUACACCGGUCCCAUGCCGUACUGGGACGAGCAGGCUGAGCAGGCAGUCGUUCCCUUGGAGAAUGCGAGCAUCCUAAACGCUAGCGCCACUGCCGGCUUCGGCUCCGCCUCGCUCGAUGAGAACGGUUGCGUCGUCGACGGACCCUACACGAACGUCAGAUUGACCCUUGACACCGAGCUCAACCGCGUCGCCCCUGUCUGCCUGAGCCGUGACUUCAAGCAAAAGGACUACGAUCAGGUCGCCCAGAAAAUCAUCGAUGCUUGUAUGGCGCUCGAGGACUACGUAAACCUCAACAACUGCUUGGGUGCUUCCCCUCACACCGGUGGCCACUACGCCAUUGGCGGUACUAUGGAUGACCCUUCUCUCUCACCCGGUGAUCCCCUCUUCUUCCUUCACCACACCAACCUCGACCGCCUCUGGUGGCAGUGGCAGGCCCAGAACGAGUCCCGCCUGACCGAUAUUGGCGGCAACAACGUUGCCCAAGGCUUCUUCUGGUCCGGCGUGCAGCCUUCUUCCCUUGGUGUCGACGCCUUCCUGCCCUACUUCAACGACAAUGGCAACGAGACUACCCUCGACCACGUCAUGUGGAUGGCUGGCAUUGCAGAGAACAUUACCAUUGCUGAAGUUAUGGACAUCAAGAGCGAUGCUAUCUGCAUUGAGUACCAGUGAAAUCAUUUCACCAUGCGUCUAGAGCACCUUGCUUUUGUUUGUUGUUUGGACUUGGUCUUUUACUAGAUUGCAGCUUUAGAAGCGUUGGUGAGGGGAUUGGAGUGUUUUCAAGUUCCUAGUUAGGCUGAGCGAUAAUUACAUGUAGUUCCUAGCGGAUCGAUAUCAUAUAGACUGCGUUGCUUCAAUCGAAAUUCCUGAC